UUAUUGAUUGGUGUCUAUUUUGCACUCCUGAUAUUCUGGAGAGUCACCCCUUGAUUGCUGCACACUUUUUUCCUGACCAGUGGCUGAUUUGUAGUUUGUACCACCAAAAGACACAUUUUUUUCGUAUUUCCCCUUUCAUUUCCUACGGUGAUUCGGUGAUUUUUGAUAAGAAAGUUAAAAGCACGACGCUCCUCGUUGGUUGGAGGCUGCGAGGGGAAGUCGGCAGAUGGCGCUCCUCACCUAACGCUACUAUCGCACUUUUGUUUUGGAGGUGCGUCACUUCCGGAUGUCAGAUGGAGCGACAGCAGCGGCUAAAGCGAGGAAACCCUGCUGUGUCGUUUUGACAGGUGAUGGGGGCAGACAGUGGCCCGGGAGCUCCUGCACCCGUCCCGUGGCGUAAAGUCCUGUAUGAACGCCAGCCCUUUCCAGACAAUUAUGUGGACCGCCGCUUUCUGGAGGAGCUGCGGCGCAACAUCCGUGUGCGUCAGUACCGUUACUGGGCGGUGGUGCGUGAGACGGGGCUCAUCGCGCAGCAGGUGUCCUGUGUGGCCCUCUUCCUCACGUUAUGGUCUUGUAUGGAGCGGGGAGCGCUGGUGCCGUCCGCCGUGCUCUGGGUCUGUCUAGCCUGUGCUCUGCUGGGAUACGGACUCUAUGAGAUCCUGGGAGGCUCUUGUGUUCGGGAGCGAACGCGCCUGGCAGACCUGCAGAGCGCGACCAUCUUCCUGGCAUUUACUUUUGGGUUUUCACCAGUUUUAAAGACUCUAACCGAGUCGGUCAGUACAGAUACCGUUUACGCCAUGUCAGCUGUGAUGCUCCUGGCUCACUUGGUGUCCUUCCCGUAUGCUCAGCCCAGUCCCCCGGGCAGUCUUUCCCUCAACGCGGCUCUUUUCGGGUCGGUGUGUCUGGCGUCCCGGCUGCCUGGCGCCCUGCACACCUUCACCAUGCUGAGCUGUGCCCUCCUGGUGUUCGCUCUGUGGCCCUGUCUGCUGCACCGCAUGCGGGAGAAGGCAGAGUGGAGCUUCCCGUGGGCGGCCGUGCUGGUGUGUCUGGCUGGAGUCGGGGGUCUGGGGAGCCUGUGGCCCGAGGGGGCUCUUCUCCUCGCGCUGGCUCUGUUAACAUUAACUUUAGUCUGUCCACUGUUGCUGGUUCACCUGCAGAGGCACAAGGACAACAUCCACGGCCCUUGGGACGAGGCAGAGAUUAGAGAGGACCUGUCCCGCUUCCUGAAUUGAAACUGCCUACAGGGUUUUAAGAGCGUUUUAAAUGAUGCUUUUGAUAGACUCCUUUCGGUGGGAUGGGUUUGAGAGUCUUUUGCACGUUUCCUAAAAGGAUAGCUAGUUCACCUAAAAAACUGUCAUCAUUUACUCCCCUGAAGUUGUUACAGACCUGUACGUGUUCCUUUCUUCUGUGGAACAUGAAAAAAAAUGUUUUGAAGAAUAUUGGUAACAUUGGCUUCCAAAAAACACGGGUAUUUCUUAAAAUAUAUACUUUGUGUUCUGCAGAAGAAAGUCAUACAGGUUGCAAAUAAAAAACAAGAGUGUGAGUAAAUGAUGACAGAAUUGAUAUCUUUGGGUAAGCUAUGCCUUUAAGCUCAGGGAAGAAUAAGAAAGUUACAUUUCAUGUUGCCAAUAUAAAAUACAACUAAACUAUUAAACGGGUGAACCUCAUGAAAACAUGACCAGGUCAUGCUUGAAAAAAAAAAACAAAGCCCUAAAGAUCUCAAUGAUCAUAAAACAGAUGCAGACCUUUUUUUAGGGAAAAAAAAAUAUGAUUUAGAUUUUAGGGUAUGAUCCAGACAUGUGUUGUGGUAUUCAGAUCAUUUAUUUGGGAGUACGGAGUUCUUUUUAACAGUAUUGAUAUAAAUGUGCAUAUUCUUGAAUUGCUUGAUUAAAAAGUUGAAAUUGUUGACAGAGUUUUUAAUCAUGUUUUUAACAUUUAACUGUACUUGAAAUAAUUGCUGUUUUUAACUAUAUGUAUAUGAAUAGUUUAUUGUUAUUUGAAUGGAGGUGACAGAAAAGAGUUGAAACUGUUCUGGCCAAGCUGUUGUCCACAAGAUGUCAGUGAGUCCCAGGUAUUUCUGCAGCACAAUCUGUUGUUCAUGUAGAACGGCAUACCAGCAGGACAUUUCUGCCAGUGUUCAAUUGAUAGAACAUAAGUCUUUGUUGGCUUUUCUUUUUAUCAUUAAUAACUGACAGAAUAAGAGCUCAAAUGAAGUCUUUGUGACAGUGCAAUAAAGUUGCAAAAUUAAAGCAUUCUGUGCAAAAUCAAAA